CGGUCUUGUACAACCGUCUGCUAGUUUUUUCCGCAAAGCCUUCGCCUGCGCACGCGACUGUAGAUGUGAACGCACCCUUUGUUGUGAUUAAAUUCAAAGUUACUUUUUUAAACACAAUCAUUUGUGAAUUUCUUUUGGAAAGUGCUGAUAUAUUUGCAAAAUGUGGCAACCCGCAGUCUUAUUACUAGCAGCACUGAUGUCGCAAGCAUCUGCGGCUCCUCAGUUCAUCACAUUUAACGAUGGAAAAUUAGGAGUCAACUUUGGUGGCUAUCACGCAGCAGUUGGACUAGGUGGGUUAUUAGGAGGAAAUGGCGGAGCUGGCGGUGGUCUCUUUGCCGAGGCUGGAACCCCCUAUGGUCAAGGUGCAAGAGCUGGUCUAGGCGGUACUGUCGAUGGCAAUGGUGGAACUGCAGGAGGACUUUAUGCUGGAGCUACUGCCGGAAACAAUGUUAAGGCUUCUGCUGGACUAGCAGGAGGAGUAAAUUCUGAUAAGACCGGAGGACUUGGCUUUGCGUCGGCACAAUCAGGAAACUAUGGUGCUUCGUCGGGCAUGGGAGGUGCCACUUCUGUUAAUGGAGCAUCAGGAUUUACAUUCUCUGGUUCCAACUCUUUUGGAGUAAUGAAGGGUACUAACGUUGCCGUGAAGUCUACUGAAGAAAUUAAACCAAUCCAUAAGAAGCCCCACAAAGAAUUUAAUUUAGAUGCUACGAAUGAGGUGAAUUUUGUCCCUCUAGAGACAGAUGUAGCAACAGAUGUUAAAGUUGAAGCAGUACCUGCUGUUGCUGUGAAAGAAGUAAAUGUUGAAUCUCCCCAAAUUGUGGAAAAGCACACAGUUCAAACCUAUUAUAAACCACGUCACCAUUUAAGAAAGACAGCAUAUAUUGGAGGUUAUGUAGGAGGAGACGUCGCACCAGCUGUAGAGAGAAGAAUUGACGUGGGAGUUGAAGGUUCCGCCGAUGUGGGAGCAUCAGCAAGCGCUUCAGGCAAUAUUGGCGGAGGUGCCCAUGGAGUCAAUACCAAAGAAGUUGUUUUUACAAGAAACCCCAAUUUCUUCGCAGAUAUCUUCAAUAUUCCUAUCUCCACAUUGAAAGCCGUUGGUAACUUCCUUGGAAACACCGCUGGAAGUACAAGUGUGUCCGUCCAAAAGUCAGCUUCAGUGCAAGGAGAAUCAGACUCUAUAACUUCAUCAAAGCAUGUUCCGUCAUCAUCAUCAGAUACAGCGAUCACGGUACAGACACCGGCUGUAUCUAAAGUCAUUGAAGACAUUUUUGCUAUACCUAUUAACACAUUAACUGCUGUCAACAAGUUCCUGGAAAAUAAUGUGCCUGCGAAAAAAAGGAUUCAGGUAUCACAACAAGAAGGAGUAGUUCAUGCAGAGAAGCGUCACGCCAGACUCGGACCGCACGCAAGAAGACGAGCAAACAAACAUACACUUGCUUCGGAAGAAGAAAAGCCAGAAGUUGCUGUUGACAAAAAAGAAAACUAGAAAAAUGUACAAAAUUUAAUUAUGACUUCUAUAUCACAAAAAAAAACAAACGUUAUAUUGUUAAUGGAUACGUUAUGGUUUUCUAUUUUUUAUUUCAGUUUAUCAGUUUAUAGCAUUGUUUCCCAAUCAAUAUAGUUUCAUAAUACUCAUUUCAAAAAAUAAACUCAUUCUGUCUGGAUGUUUAUGUUCAAGUCAAACCGAUUAUACUACGCCCAGUUUAGAAACACAAUUUAUAGAGAUCGUGCUUAAAUUAACAUGUACUUAUUAUGUAGUGUGAUCACAUUAAGAUAUCUUAAUUAUUGAAUAUAGGUACUUAUUUAAAAUAAAUAACUUUUGAUAAAAUAUUUCAUGAGAAGCUUCUAUAUUUAUUUGUUCAUUCUAAGUGUGUAAAAUAAAACAAUAAUUUAUUUAGUAAAAUAAAAUAAAGCAGAAAUAUAACAACAAAUUGUACAAAUAUAGAAAAGUAUAUAUUUUUAGGACAAUGUACUCGUACUUAAUUCUGUAUUUUGUACAUUACAUCACAGAUAUUAAGUAGGUACAUGUUACCUACUC